AUGACAGCAUCAGGAGUAAGUAAACGUAUAAUAGUUGAAAUAGAAAAAUUACGAGCCUUAGCAGAAAAUAAUGAUCCAUCAUCUGUUAAAUUUCUUCUUGAUCAAUCACCUGUUAAUAAUCCAGGAACAAAUAUAAUUCUUGGAAGAAUUUGCCCGCAAUCAGAAAUUUAUAAUCAAGCUGCAUUUCAAAUAGAAUUAAAAUUACCAGCUGAAUAUCCACACAAAGCACCAGAAGUUCGUUUUACUACACCUAUUUAUCAUCCAAAUGUUAGUGAAGAGGGUAAAGUAUGUAUUGAAAUGUUUGGUCCAUCAGGUUCAUACAAACCAACAAUAACAUUAGUUGAUAUUGUUAAAGCUGUUGUUGAUCGUAUUGAUAAACCAAAUAGCGAUCAUGUACUUAAUCAAGACAUUGCUACAGAAUAUUUAUCAAACAGAGCUGUAUUCGAUCAAAAAGCGUCAGAAAUGGUUAAAAAACACGGUUUACCACGUCAUUAG